AAGUUCAAUUGAGGUCAGUGUCCAUUCUGCAUUGCCCUUUUCUUCUCUUCAAUUUUUUUUAUUUUUAUUUUUUUGUUCUUUUUGUUUAUUUUAUUAUUUUUAUACAAAAAAUGAAGUCACUUUCUUAAAUCUAGUUGUUUUUUUUAACGUUAAAAAAAUGUUUUUUUUUUUUGUUUCUCUUCAGUUGUUGUUGUAGCUGUUACUACUGUUUUUCUAUGUAUAGUUUGAAAUGCUCCUGAAUUUAAUGCAAAGUUUGUUGCUUUAUUAGUUAUUACCAAUGCUAUGCUUGUUUUCAAUGAAACCCAGUUUCAGAUUAUGAAUUCUCUAACUAUUUUAUGAGAAUUUCACUCACAACCAAAAAAACUUCAUUUUUUGCUUCAAAAAUUGCUACUACUUUACCUUGUUUGAAGCUUUGAAUUCUUAAUGCAAAGACUUGUUUCUGUGUUCUCCCAUGUUUCAUUUCAGGAAAAUAUGAAGCCUGCUGAAGUUUACUCUAAAUUUAUGUCCAUGAAGUUUUAUUCUGCUUCGGUGGCUUCUUUCCUUUUUGUCGUAGCUAUUUUGUUCCCUCUUGCUAUUGCUUCUGACCUUAGUUCGGAUAAGCAAGCCCUUCUUGAUUUUAUCAAUGCCGUGCCACACCGUCGAAACCUGACGUGGGAUCCAUCCACCUCAAUCUGUACAUCUUGGGUUGGCGUCACUUGCAAUCAAAAUGGAACUCGAGUUGCUACUGUUCGGCUCCCAGGAGUCGGUUUAGUUGGCUCAAUCCCACCCAAUACACUUGGAAAGCUUGAUGCCGUGAAAAUUAUUAGCCUUCGUUCCAACCUACUCGGUGGAAAUCUUCCUGCUGACAUUGCUUCUCUUCCAUCUCUUCAGUAUCUCUACCUUCAGCGUAAUAACAUUUCUGGUGAUAUUCCUACCUCAUUGUCACCCCAACUAGUUGUACUUGAUUUGUCUUAUAAUUCUUUCUCCGGUAGAAUUCCAAAGUCAUUACAAAAUUUGACAGAGCUAAGUAGUUUGAAUCUCCAAAACAACUCGUUAUCUGGAACCAUACCUAAUCUCAAUGUUACAAAGCUCGGUAAUUUGAAUUUAAGCUACAACAGUUUGAGUGGACCUAUCCCUUCGUCCCUCCGUGUUUAUCCUAAUUCAUCGUUUGAAGGAAACUCUCGAUUAUGUGGACCGCCUCUAAAGCCAUGCUCUACGAUUCCAUCUACACCUCCUCCUACCUCGACUCCUAUUCCAUCUGGAAAACGAAGCUCCAAAAAUAAAUUAAGUAAGAUAGCUAUCAUUGCCAUUGCGGUUGGAGGAGCAAUGCUGCUAUUUUUUGUAGUUCUUGUUAUUGUUUUUUGCUGUUUGAAGAAGGACAGUGACGAAAGCUCCGGAGAAAUUAAAGGAAAGGGUCCUAGUGGCGGCGGCGGUAGCGGUGGUAGGGGUGAUAAGCCAAAAGAAGAGUUUGGGAGUGGAGUGCAAGAACAUGAGAAGAACAAGUUGGUUUUCUUUGAAGGAAGUUCUUAUAAUUUUGAUCUUGAAGACUUGCUUAGAGCUUCAGCUGAAGUUCUUGGAAAAGGUAGCUAUGGUACCUCAUAUAAGGCUAUAUUGGAGGAAGCAAUGACGGUUGUGGUGAAGAGGUUGAAAGAAGUUGUGGUAGGCAAAAAGGAGUUUGAACAACAGAUGGAGAUUAUGGGAAGGGUUGGACAACAUGCAAAUGUUGUGCCGCUUCGCGCUUAUUAUUAUUCGAAAGAUGAAAAGCUUAUGGUUUAUGACUAUGUCCCAGCUGGCAACUUAUCCACACUCUUGCAUGGAAGUCGAUCAGGUGGUAGAACUCCAUUAGAUUGGGACUCGAGAGUAAAAAUAUCUCUUGGAACUGCAAGAGGACUUGCGCACAUCCAUUCUGUCGGAGGUACCAAAUUCACACAUGGAAAUAUCAAGUCCUCAAAUGUCCUCCUCAACCAAGAUAACGACGGCUGCAUUUCUGAUUUUGGCCUGACCUCACUUAUGAACAUUCCCGCUAACCCUUCUAGAGCUGCAGGGUAUCGCGCACCUGAGGUGAUUGAAACCCGUAAGCACUCUCAUAAAUCAGAUGUCUACAGUUUUGGUGUCCUCCUUCUCGAAUUGCUUACAGGUAAAGCGCCUCUCCAAUCUCCUGGACGCGACGAUAUGGUUGAUCUCCCUAGGUGGGUUCAGUCCGUCGUUCGGGAAGAGUGGACAGCUGAGGUUUUCGAUGUUGAGCUAAUGAGGUACCAAAACAUCGAAGAAGAAAUGGUGCAAAUGUUACAAAUUGCCAUGGCUUGUGUAGCAAAAGUGCCUGAUAUGAGACCUAACAUGGUAGAAGUGGUGAGAAUGAUCGAAGAGAUCCGGCUAUCUGACUCAGAGAACCGACCGUCUUCCGAAGAGAAUAAAUCUAAGGACUCAAAUGUUCAAACUCCAUAGAUUAAUUAACUAUGGCUUUUCUAUUAACAAGGAAGUGAUAGUAAAUGGUAUAUAAGAGUGAGUUCAAGCUUAGUCAUCAAGAUUUCUCAAACUUUAUUCAUUUCAAAACUUUUCUGUCUAAUUGUUCAGUAUAUCUCAUAGAUGGAGUUUCUUUAAUUAUUUAUUUUCUUCUAAUAGUUAGGUUGUUUUCCUUAAUUGAAUUCUUAUGUAUUAAUUAACAUCAUGAUUUAAUUGAUGAUAUUGAUUCAAGUA